AUGGCGUCUCUUGAAAUAUCCUCUGUGUUGCAAGGCGGAUACCAACACCCCGUGGCUCGCUCGUGGCAAGGUCGACGAGGUCUCGCAAAGUCCAUGUUCAUGUACCCAAUCUUCAUUACCGACGACCCGAAUGCUUCUACUGUGAUCCCUUCACUUCCCAACCAGCGCCGCUGGGGACUCAACAAGCUUGAAGAGUUUCUCCGGCCUCUCGUGAGGAAAGGUCUUCAGAGUGUGAUUCUCUUCGGUGUACCUCUCAACUGCACCAAGGACGGCCGAGGCACACCAGCAGAUGACGAACAAGGCCCUGUAAUCCAAGCCAUCAAGCUAAUCCGCCGUUGCUUCCCCAACCUCUACAUCGCCUGCGAUGUCUGCCUCUGCGAAUACACCGACCACGGACACUGUGGUCUCCUCAAUGAGGAUGGAUCCAUCAACACCGAACCCUCUGUCGACAGAAUCAGCGACGUUGCGGCCGCUUAUGCCCGAGCUGGUGCUCACUGCGUCGCGCCUAGUGAUAUGAUGGAUGGUCGAAUCAUGGCUAUCAAGAGGAAACUCAUUGACGGUGGAUUUGGGAACAAAGUGACGCUCAUGAGCUAUUCUGCCAAGUUUGCUAGUUCGCUGUAUGGUCCUUUCCGAGAUGCUGCAGGAAGCGCGCCUUCUUUCGGAGACCGUAAAUGCUACCAGUUGCCUCCCGCAGCCAAAGGACUUGCUCGUCGAGCUAUCCUUCGAGAUGCUAACGAAGGAGCCGACAUCAUUAUGGUCAAGCCCUCUCUUCCCUACCUGGACAUCAUCGCUGACGCUGCAGAGCUGACCCCCGAUCAUCCUAUUGCUUGCUACCAAGUCAGCGGUGAAUUCGCCAUGAUCCACGCAGGUGCCGCAGCUGGUGUAUACGAUUUGAAGACCAUGGCUUAUGAGAGCGCCGAGAGCAUGGUCAGGGCAGGCGCGACUCUUAUCUUGAGUUAUUUUACCCCAGAGUUCCUCGACUGGCUGGAGGUUUAG